AUGGGAGAGAAACUUGAAGGACACAAGCGCUCUAAAAGUGCUUUGGCACUCUCUAUACUUCACCGCGACAAGUCACGGAGCGAUGACGGCCACGACGACAAACAAUCGAAUCUAGACCCCGGCUCACCGAUAUCGAACUCUCCCUCACCCGUGAACGAGCCACGUCAUUCGUAUUCGGCGUCAAUGAGCUACCUGCGGCCUUCAAGGCGAAAGGCGGAGACGGAUUCUAUGAGCGGCAAGAGUAGCAACAACCCGCCCUGCGACAACGCGGACGCCACAGAUUCGAAAGACGAGCUUGAGAUGAACCCCGUUAAUGCCCCGCCGAGCGGUAGUCUGACGAUAGACCAAUCCGUGCGAACGUUUCGGUUGUUUGAAAUCUUGCGUGACGGCGACACAACUGCAAUUUCGAAGGCGAUCAAAGAGUGUCGGGAAUCUGGACAAAGCAGCACGGCUUUGGGGACAACUAUUCUUCACCUGGCAAUUCAAUGCGCGGAGCCCCAGGUGGUAGAGUACGUAUUGUCGAAUGGGGAUGUUGACAUAAAUGCUAGGGAUCGUGAUGGGAAUACUCCCCUCCAUCUGGCUGCGCAGUUGGGAAGGUUAUCCAUCGUUAAAGAAUUGUUGGAUCGUCCGAAUAUCAACGAUGCCAUUACGAACUACCGCAGCCAGAUACCACUUGACCUCGCUCGUACGCCCGAUAUCUUCCAACAGCUCCAGCUCUCCCGAUCGCUAUUUGUGGAUGCAAAGACUCGGGAGAUCCAGAGCCUAGUAGCCCAAGGUGGCUACGACAAACUAGAGCGACUGUUGGGCGAGCCGCGCGUUCAAGGCACGGUUGAUGUGAAUAACCUGGAGCUUGUGGUAGAUCAUCCCUUCCGGCGCGAUAGGAAAGGAAAGCUACCACAAGAUGUCACCAAGGACGAUAGGACGAAAGCGAUCGUGAAAAGAUCACCAGCCGCUGUAAUGGCUCAGCGAGGCAUCCAGGAAAAGUCAAUCUUAGGAAAUAACCCUAGUCAAGGAGAUGAUGCCGGCUCCGCGUGCCGUGGUGCUAUCAAUAUGCGUAUCGCGAGACUUAACAUGGAUCCCCAGGACAAAACUCGUUUUGAGAUACAAGGGAAAUCUUCAGUCAAGUAUCAUUUGAAGGCUAACCACGUCGUGGAGGCCAAACGGUGGUUUUGGGCGCUGAAUAACGCCAUCCAAUGGUCAAAAGAUGAAGCCAAGGAAGAUGAUAGGCGACGUACAAGGGAUGCUGAGGCUCUGCGCCAGGCAAAAAUUGACCAAUUUGGACAGGCUGAUAGUCAAACAGAUGCCGCAAGUUUCACGAGUGGCAAGGGCAACGGAAGAUCCCUAGCUCCCCCAUCACUAGGCCCAACACCCAGCGGGUCAAAACUAAGUCUCCAGGUCUCGAGAGGCGCUUCCGAAAGCGGAGCUGGGGAGGAAGAAGCGUCUGUUUCUGGUACACUUGAGCCUACAUAUUCGCAUCAGGGUAUCGAUCGUAUUGUGAGUCACGUCACCUUGACUGCUGAAGGAGAUGGGGAAGAGGACGAUUAUGGCGAUUACGACAGUAGCCGAGAAAUCAAACCAUCAAACAAGGACGCCUUCAACAUUACUGCCCAGUCGGUUAAACUGCAACUGGAUCUUUUGGGAACUGUGUCAACCGCUCUCCAAGCGGAAAAGAACAAAAACCCAACCCUUCCGAUUUCGGAUCCGUCCGUUUCUCAAGCCCUGAGCACCUACGAAGGAGCGGUUAGCAAUUUGAAUUCCCUCGUGCUAGACUUACUCAAGAUAUCAAAGGAUCGCGAUGCAUACUGGCAAUAUCGGUUGGAACGAGAAGCGGAUGCGCGAAAAAUGUGGGAGGAUAGCAUGGCUCGAGUCGCAAAAGAGCAUGAAGAGCUUCAGAACCGGAUGGGCGAGUCUGAAGACAAACGUAAGCGGACCAAAAAGGCUUUGAAAGAAGCCCUGGAGAAUGCGUCCGCGGCCACUAGUCUAGGGCCUUCCCAUGUACAGAUAUCAGAUGCCGUGGAGGUUGUCAAGGAGUUGAGCUUGGACAAAGAAGCUACUGAGGCCAAGCUUAGCAGUUUUGCACUGUCACGGAGAAAAUCAAUUUUGGAAGAGAUAACCGCACUGUCCGAGAACGAGUCGGAGGAGGAAGACGAAUUUUUCGAUGCAGUCGAUGCAGGUGAAGUGGAAGUGGUAAUUCCUUCAAAGCCGGAGGAGGUACCUGCAAGUGAAUCCGACAUUCGAGCAUUAAAACAGUUAGAAAUCGAGCCGGCUUUCAAAGGAUACGAGGAUCCUAUAAGAACCCGUCUAAAAAUGGAUUACGAUAAUCGACCGAAAAUUUCACUUUGGGCUAUUCUUAAAUCAAUGAUCGGAAAAGAUAUGACUAAAAUGACUCUUCCGGUGUCGUUCAACGAGCCUACAUCGUUGCUUCAGCGUGUAGCAGAAGACAUGGAAUAUACUGACCUUCUCGACAUCGCUGCCGAUCGUGCGGAUUCCUUAGAGCGUAUGAUAUACGUUGCCGCGUUCGCAGCUAGUGAAUAUGCAUCUACAAUUGGCCGUGUUGCAAAGCCGUUCAACCCAUUGCUCGGAGAAACCUACGAAUAUGUACGACCAGACAAAGGGUUUCGUUUCUUCGUUGAGCAAGUCAGUCACCACCCUCCGAUCGGUGCUGCAUAUGCAGAGUCGACCAAGUGGGAUUAUUAUGGUGAAUCGGCUGUGAAAUCAAAAUUCUAUGGAAAAUCAUUUGAUAUCAAUCCGUUGGGUACCUGGUUUUUAAGAUUGCGUCCUGUUACUGGCGGCGAAGAGCUUUAUACUUGGAAGAAGGUCACAUCGUCCGUUAUCGGGAUCAUCACCGGGAAUCCAACAGUAGACAACUACGGUCCAAUGACGAUCAAAAAUUGGACAACGGGUGAAGUCUGCAAUCUCGAUUUCAAACCACGGGGCUGGACGGCCUCGUCUGCCUACCAGGUGUCGGGGAGAGUUCUCGAUCGCGACGGUGUUCCAAAAUGGAGUAUCGGCGGGCGAUGGAAUGACAAGAUCUAUGCCCGCCAUACACCGGGGUACCAGGAAACGGUGUCAGCACCGCAAGAUGAAACUCCCCAGAGCCCGGAUUCUUCUCAAGCGUUCUUAGUCUGGCAGGCUAAUCCCCGACCCAGCGGGAUCCCUUUCAAUCUUACCCCUUUUGUCCUUACUCUGAACGCCAUACCUGAAACCCUGAGGCCAUUCUUACCUCCAACGGACACUCGCCUACGGCCAGAUCAGCGUGCCAUGGAAGACGGUGAAUAUGACUUUGCUGCAACUGAAAAACAUCGUGUUGAGGAGAAGCAGCGAGCCAAACGUCGAGAACGCGACUCCAAGGGUGAGGAAUUCAUCCCAAAAUGGUUCAGCAAGGGCAAGUGGCGCGAUUUUCCGAAUCCUCUCUUGAAUUUCGUUGCAACAAAAGCGGGCGAACGCCGCACGGCUCCAACACUCAACGUCCAGCGCUCGAUAACCAUGGCGGUUGAAUUCACCUGUCAAAGAUGUGCACAGGCACUCCGCCUUGGACUUAGAAACCGUGUGCCCGCAAUCAGUCCGCGCUCGCUACCCAAGUCUAGGGCCUACCACUCGAACAGCGUCUUGUUCCAGCCUCAAAGACUCCAGCCAAGUAUCAAGCAUGCAUACGGCAAUGCUCAAACUCGGAUAAGAGGCAUUGCGUCGGCUUCCACGGCCGAAGCUACAGCGACCACCGCGCGACAAACACCCAAAUCCGAAGGCUCCCGCCCCCUCCUGCGCGCAAAUAACCUCUUCCAUUCCUACACCAACUCCCCAUCUCCAGAGAUCAGGCGGCGCGCGGCAUUCAUAAAACAAAAUGCGUUCUGUCCUCAUCCGGACCACCGACAAACCCGCGUUCCGCAGUCCCCCCACGACUCCGAGGCCAGAAAGGCUUCGGAUGCCGCUAGUCAGGAGCCGGCCCACGCGAAAUUCGAAUGUCCUGACUGCGGGGUACCGGUAUACUGCUGUGAAGAGCAUUGGAUGGAUGACUUUGAGGCGCAUUUAGAAGUGUGUGAGACGCUUCGACAGAUCAACGAGGACGACCAUGAUCUGGUUUCGGGGCGGUUUUUUACGGAAUUUGACUAUCCGGGCCCGCAGGAAGAGGAGUGCGUGGUGAAUAUGACGAAUUGGGAUACGUUUUUGUAUACGAGGGAGUUUAAUGCUGUGAAUGACGAUAGGUGCAUGAGGCAGGUUACAAGAUUGUUGACGUAUCCUGUCACUAUUGCGAGUGUGUUGCAUGAGUUGAGUCCGUAUGAUUUGCGGGGGGACGGGAUGGUCACGGUAGAGGGAUUGAAGAGUUUCAGCGCCCUUCGAUAUACGCUCCAUCCACCAAAAGCCGGUGAGGGAAAGGACAUUGCCGGUCUACGGCUUCAUGCGCCACCAGUCCGAAUAUUCGUCCUAGGAGCCCGUGCUGAAUCCUCCCUCCCCCGGGAUAUCUGGCUCCAGCUCACAUACCUCUUCCCACGGGCAAGCAUCAACCUCAUCUUCAUCGGCCCAGAAAGUAUGGCGAACCGGGACGACGAAUUCCCACUCCCUGAGCGAACUCCAAACAACCCCUUUGGUGGCAUCGUCGAAGACCGUCUAGGUCCACAGCUCAAAAUCACAACAUACGUCGACUAUUUCCACACCAUGCACCGCGCAAACAUGUUCCAGCCGUACGACCCUUACUUUGACUGUUUCAUGCUCUUCCAUCCCGGAUUAGGCCACCCGGCAAGCUCUCACGAGUGGGAAGAGACGCUGCCCCAUCUCUUGGAGACCAAGGUGCCCAUUAUCUGCACGGGCUACACGGAAUGGGAUAUGCAGAGAGAUAUGAACUGGGUCAAGGAAAAGUGCGCUGGCGAAUUCGAUAUCCUGCUCAAGCCAGGCGAAAAUAGGUUCCGGAGUUUGAGAUGGGACCUAAACGACGCCGAUCCGCAUGAUGUCUCUGCUGGAAAUUGGGGAAUCUGGGGCUUUAGAGGAAAGAGGUACGAGGCCACCUUUAAGGGAUCCUAG